ACUUGAAUGUAGUUCUCAGGCCAUCAACAGUCAUCGGUGUAACUCAGUGUAACUGGCGUUAUAAAGAAAAAGUGAGGAAACGGAUUUCAAGUUCGUUGUUAUUACGUGGUAAUUGGUUGUAGUUGAAAUUGACACGAUAAAAACGGAAAACAUGACGAAAGAUGAAGAACAAUUCGACGGAAUGUUGCUGGCGAUGGCACAGCAACACGAGGGCGGUGUACAGGACCUCUUAGACACAAUAUUUAGCUUUUUGGCGAGAAAGACUGAUUUUUAUACGGGAGGAGGCGAAGGCGCUGCCGAAAAGCUAGUUAAUAGUACAUUCAAGAAACAUCAAGCGACCGCACUAGCCAAGGCAUCGGCAGAAAAGGCUGAGAGAGUGGAACAAGAGAGACGCCGUAAAGAGAGGUUAGAAAAGAAAAGAAAGGAAGAAGAGGAGGCGGCAAAAAUUGACGAAGAUUCUCGAAUCGUUGAACUCACGGAUGAACAGGCCGCUAAACUACAAACGGAACUUGAUAACAAGAAAUUAGCAAGCGAAGAUGCCGCCGUACCUGGACCUAGCGGAGACGGCGCCAAAGCUGCAAAUGGCGAGGAAAAUAUGGAGGAAGAGGAAGAAGACGAAGCAGAGAAAAACAAAUUGAAACCAAACGCUGGAAAUGGAGCGGACCUGCCAAACUACCGAUGGACGCAAACUCUUCAGGAAGUGGAGAUACGAGUGCCGCUGAAGGUCAGCUUUCUGGCAAAACCGAAGGAUGUGGCAGUCUCGAUCACGAAGAAACACCUGACAUGCGGGGUCAAAGGCCAGCCGGCCAUAAUCGACGGAGAUUUCCCCCACGAGGUCAAACUCGAAGAGUCCACCUGGGUCAUCGAGGACGGAAAAACGCUCCUCAUUAACCUGGAAAAGGUGAACAAGAUGCAAUGGUGGGCUCACGUGGUCACUGGCGACCCGGAGAUCAGCACGAAAAAGGUCAACCCGGAACCCAGCAAACUUUCCGACUUGGAUGGAGAAACACGCGGAUUGGUCGAGAAAAUGAUGUACGACCAGCGACAGAAAGAACUGGGUCUGCCGACCUCGGACGAGCAGAAGAAGCAAGAUGUCAUAAAGAAGUUCAUGGAGCAGCACCCGGAAAUGGACUUCUCAAAGUGCAAAUUCAAUUGAAGUGGACCACCCUGUUCAAAGUGGCCCUCAAUUGGUUAAAGGCCUGGUAACAAUACAUCGUAAAAUACUCUUUGCACCGCGUUUCUUCAUCUCGACAACCUCCACUCUUCGUCGCGGUUGUCUGGACGUCCACCUUCUGAGGAGCAGCUGUAAAGUCGAUAAAGAAGAUGGAACAGAGGGCAGCACUAACCGGAUACGUCGAGCUUUUAAUAAUUAAUCAUAAAGGACUCGAGGAAACUCGAUUUCUCCAUUCAUAUCUUCCAUCUUUUUACGUUUGUUAUUUUGAUCACCCCGUAAGACGUCGAUGUACUGAUUACGCAGUUUAGUAUUUUCCAUACUGUAAUACCACUGUCGAUAAGGUUCCACUUUCUGUUAAAAAGCACAAGCAUAAGAUGUAUCUGAUAUUUGUUUCGUACUAUUAAAAAGUUUAAAUGAA